AUGAGCAACAUGAUGACGGAGAUCAUGGCCUUCCUGCUGACCGUAUGUGGAUGGGUCCUCUCGGCCGCUACGGUUGCUAUCGACUACUGGAAAGUGUCCUCCGUGGACGGGACGGUCAUCACAACAGCAACGUUCUGGUCAAAUCUGUGGAAGACGUGCGUGACGGACUCGACGGGCGUCUCCAACUGCAAAGACUUCCCUUCCAUGCUUGCACUAGACGGGUACAUCCAGGUGUGUCGGGGUCUGAUGAUCGCCGCUGUGUGUCUGGGCUUCUUUGGGGCCACUCUGGCCUUGGUGGGGAUGAAAUGCACCAAGAUCGGAGGAUCUGAGACAACAAAGGCCCGGAUAGCCGCUGUGGCUGGCUUCAAUUUCAUCCUGAAUGGUCUUUGUUCCUUGACUGCAUGCUCUCUCUACGCACACAGGAUAACGUCGGAAUUUUUCGAUCCCUUGUUUGUCGCCCAAAAAUUUGAGCUGGGUGCAGCGUUGUUCAUUGGCUGGGGCGCAUCAGUUCUCUGCAUACUAGGAGGCCUAAUCUUCUGCCUGUCUCUCACAGAGGGCCUCAGUCUGAGGUAA